UUCAGAGCAAUGGCUAGUUUCGGAAAAUGUGAUGUGCUCUUGCGCCUAUUUGUAAGCCUGCUAUAAAUAGGGGCUUGCUGGCAACACAUGCUCUGCUGUGAUUGACAAUUCUAGUGCUACUGGGACAGCGGGCUCUAAAGAACAGGCAAAAAAUAUACGAAUGUUGCUCCCCAGGCAGUAACAAAGUGUAGCUCUACAAUUUGGUUCUGAAAGCCAAGAGGACAGAAAUAUUGAAACCUCACUGAAAGACAUUGGUGGGUUUUCUGGACUAUUGAAGUUAUUUAAUUUGAACAAUGACAUCCAGGAGGCCUAUGAUCCGCUCUUACUCAGGAAAUGGGAGAUCGGGAAGCCAAAAUGGGGAGGAUGCCUCUGCACCAAGUGGAAGGUCAGAAAGCUGCAACUACCUCUCCAACGUUAGGCCUGAAAACAGGAGUACAUUAUGUACCGUCAUGGCCCAGUUGACUGAGGAGACUCAGCCAUGUUUCGAGACCACCUUAAAAUCCAAGGCAGUGUCUGAGACCUGCAAUGUCAAAUUCUCAUGUGUUGUUACAGGAUACCCAGCUCCUGAGCUAACCUGGUACAAAGAUGACAUGGAAUUAGAUCGUUACUGUGGUCUUCCUAAAUAUGAAAUAUUUCGCAAUGGAAAAAUUCACAUGCUCCACAUCUACAAUUGUACAGAGGAAGAUGCAGCCAUAUAUCAGGCCUCAGCAAGAAAUAGUAAGGGCAUCGUCUCCUGUUCUGGGGUGCUGGAGGUGGGUACCAUGAGCGAAUACAUGAUCCAUCAAAGGUUCUUCGCCAAACUGAAACAGAAAGCUGAGAACAAACGACGAGAGUUGGAGGAGUCUCGCCGUCGUGGUAAGGAGAACAUUCAGAAGGAACAAUUAAAUGUAAUCAACCAGGAACGCUUACUAAGGAAGCGCAGGUCUCCUGCUGGGACUGACCCACUGAGUUCUUCUCCUGCAACCCAGGAUGGAGAGGGGAAUGUGACCUCCCAUGCAAUAGACACUGAAGAGCAGCCCAGAGUUAUAGAGGAUAAAUCUGAUAAUAUCACAGUACAGGCCUCUGUAUCAAACACAGAGGCUACAACAGAGAAUGGCAAUGAGCAACUCAACCAUGUAUGCAACACAGUGGAGAUAGUGCCCACAAAGCAGUCCGCCAAAGAGAAAUUAGGUGAAAAGAAAAUGCACAUUGCAAAUGGAUUUGAUGAGGGAGAUAUCAUUCAGCCCAAACAGAGCAACAGAGAUGAAGACAAUGGAUAUGAAGAAAUGAGCCUGGCAAAAUACUUAGCCAGGUCUGUGCAGUCACAAGCCUCUGAACAACAUCAGAUCUCUGUACAGUCGCACGACAUUAUGGACGUUGAUGUCAGUGCUGUCCAAGAAAAAGAAAGAGAGCGAAGGUUGGAGAAAGAGAGGGAAAGAUUAAGAGAAGAGGAGAGGGAGCAAUCAAGGGAAGUAGAGAGGGACAGAGAGCGAGAGCAAGCCCAGGAAAAAGAAAGAGAGAAAAGUAGACAAAUGGAACCAGAACAAAAAGUUGCAUUUGCGUCUACAACCAAGGCAGCGUCACACAAAGAGCCAGAGCAUCAACACAAGUCAGCCAUAACCUCGGUUCUUCACUCCUUAAAGGACAUAUUCUUUGGCAAAAGUAAGAAGUCUACAGAGAAAGCAGAGGACAUGAGGAGAACUAGUGAUACAACUGGGGAAAAUAAAUUGUCACAUGAGAAAUAUUUGCCACCCACACAAACACCUCCACAAGAACCAGAGCGUAAGAUUUUGGUUUAUGGUGAGGCCUCUGAGCAUGAUGCACCAAAGCUAGUAGAGGAGUCAUCUCAAACUGUGGAUUUGGAAUUGAAAAGAAAGUUUCUACAGCAAACACAAGAUUCAACUGCCCCCAAUGAGACAGUCAAUCCCAAAUCAGUUGAAUACAUUUCUGAACUGAAAGCAAACAAACCUGACCAUGUGUCUACCACUCUUGAAAGACAUCUUGAAAGUACUGGAGCCACACUGGAAAUGCCAAGUAGAGCUGAGGAGGAGAGCAGUCCAGAAGAGGUGUCCCAAAUUUCUCAUUCACCACCCUUCAAGGCAACCAAUGAUCAUACCAAACCCAGCCGCAAUGAAGUUCCUGGCAUUGUGGAAUUGACCAAUCCUUCAUGCGAGACUGAAGGUAUAGAAUUUACCUUUUCUGCGGAUGAGGUCAUGCAAAGCGCUGAGGAAAUGCAUAUGCUAGAGGAACAGGGAGUCUCAGCUGCCCCACUGACAGACCUCAGCAUGACAGACCUGGAAAGCAUGCAGUGUUGUGAGAGCCAGCCAGAGUCUCAGCUUUCACAGCUAGCCGACUAUAUCUCUGUCACUGUGCAUGCUGAGUCCCAGUCAGCGCAACUGAGGGUGGAUGAGUGCAAAGAGUGGUGUGUUUCACACUCAAAUGAGAAAGUAAUUCCUCAUAUAGAGGAGGCAAGUGUUAUGAAAUCACAGGAGGGAGGUUCCCUGACAGAGAAAAUUAAAGAGAGGAUGGAUGAUGCAACAGAAGGGCAAUUUUUCACAACAAGUGAGAAUGACUUUGUAAUGAAAGAGUCAGUCCUUCCUGUAGAUGUAGUUGUAAGUAGUACAGAAGAUGAUAUGAUUGAUGAAAAAGACUUGUCACCAGCAUUGGGUCUAAAUCAAGAAGAAAAUUCCAUCUCUUGUUUGCAUGAGAAUGCAAUGGAAAUUGAUUUUAAACCAGAUGAAAAAUCUAUACCAGCACUAUAUGUUAGUUCUGAAGAGAAUGAAGGAGAUGUAGCUGAUUCUGCUUCAGUGAAUGACUAUAAUAUGGAGGAAAACAAGAAUGAUAAUGGCAUGCCAAGUCAGGAUAGAAGUGUUGAAGAAAAGGGAGGCAACAGCAUUGAAGAUAAAAUGGACAAAAGCAGUGAAAAAGAGAAGGAUGAUGCAAAUAAGGAAAUGGGUCAUGAAGAUAAGAAGGAAAACUCCAAUGAACAACAGAAAGAUGAUGUCAAGAAAAAUAAGAAUGUUGUUCCAGAGCCAAAAGCAUCCAUUUUGAUUCCAGAGAAAGAGAUCUCCAAAAAUCCUAGAUUAAGAGCUGAGACUGAGGUCAUGGAAACUCAACCAAAGCCAUGCAAAAUAGAUAAACCGAAAAUCCUUACCAAAGCACAAGCUGAGAGGCAUUUGGCGGAGAAGGACCAACAAGCAGCCCAACCAAUCAUAAUUCUCCCUGACACAAGGGAAACUGUCAUCAAAAAUGUGGCAAAGAAGAGAGCCACACCACUCAUACCAGAAAUCAAAGUUUCAGUGCCAGAGAGAGUUAAACGUGAAGAAGCCCUUAUCUUACCCAGAGGUAAUGUUCUGAAAUUAGAGCCUGAGCGAAUUAUGCAACCUUUAACACAGGAGGUUGCACAGAUAUUUCGAGGACAUGACAGACCAAUGGAUGAUGCAACAAGAGCAUUAGGAGAAUCAAACAGUGCUCUAGUUAUUCCAGAGCAUUUAGGAGUGACAAGGAACAUUCAGGCAGCACCUCCAGGGGACAUAUCACAGGAAAUAAAGCUGAAAAAUCUAGAAGCACGAGUGAGAGGUGGAGAAACACGAGGAAGUAUUGUCAGUGGUUUGGACAGAGAAGAUGACAAUAGUAUCCCUAUAAUCAACAUAGCUUGUGCAGAUGAUAAUGCAACUACUCUUGAACAAGUGCACACAUUUGGCCAGUCCUCAUUUCCUGGCAUAGUAAUCUCACAAGAUAGCACUCAACCUCGAACAAUUCCUCCCAUUUCCAUCACAGAUGCAGACAGACAUGCUGAUGGCAGUUUAAAAAAGAAAGAAGAUUCCGAGACUUCAGUUGUUAUGCUGAAGAAUGACAGUGACCAUGAAGCCAUAUCUUCUGAGAAGAUAAAAGAGCAGCUCAUGUCUCAACUGAGCCCUGAUAUACCAUUGUCCUUAUCUACAAAAACCCUUCAAAGUAUUACAACCCAAGACACAGACAGUCUUCCGCUACCAAAAGACAUAAGACUAGAACAUGAAGCUUUAGCUGACAGGCUUCAAAGAGACAAACCUUCCAUUGAGAAACUUGGCCUUACAGCCCCAGUGGGACCUACGCUCCCUCCACUUAGUCCUGCCAGUCUGCGAAGGCUUAUGGCAAAGAACAACCCUAAUUUAGAAAAUCAGGGGUCCAUGUCUGGUGCAUCAGUGGAUGGAAGUGAAAAGAAAGGUGAAGAGAGUGGAGGAAGCACACCUACAUCCACUCUAUCCUGUGAAAGCAGCCCCAAGAUGAAGCGACGAGACAGUCUCACCCUAAUCCCCUCCGCCACCCCUGAGGAGCUGGCCUCUGGUGCUCGCCGCAAAAUCUACCUCGCCAAAACCAAGUCUGAGGAUGAGGGAUCUGACACGCAGGGUAAGAGAGACAGCCCAUAUAUGUCACCUAGUCAGGCACGCAGGGCCGCUUUCCUGCAAGUUCAAAGUGGGCAGCAAACACCACCUACAGAGAGACGUUCGCCACUGAUGGCCCGCCGCAAGGCCACACUGGAGGUGCCAAAACCUAAGGAGGAGAGCACAGAGGUGGUAGAUAGUGCAAAGACAGAAACCAAACCAGCAGAAAAGGAGAAGUUGGACCCCUUCAAAGCUCCUCAGGUUAUCCGCAAGAUUAGGGGAGAGCUCUUCUCAGAUGCCUCAGGCCACUUGAAGCUGUGGUGCCAGUUUUUCAACAUCCUUAGUGAUUCCACCAUCAAGUGGUACAGAGACGAAGAGGAAAUUGUGGUGAUGGAAAGAUGUGCUGGGGAUGAGAGUCCAGUGGCACUGGCCAUAGUCCAGGCUUCCAGCAAAGACUGUGGAGUUUAUGGCUGCUCUAUCAAGAAUGAAUAUGGGACUGACAUCACUGAUUACUUGCUCAGCACAGACAUACUGGCAGAAUUUUUCUUAAGGGAUGAUUUAGAAGUGGGAGAAGAGAUAGAGAUGACGCCAAUGAUGUUCACCAAAGGCCUGGCAGAUUCAGGUUACUGGGGCGAUAAAUUCUUUGGUCGCAUCAUGACGGAGGAGGUGCAGAUUGGGGAGGGCUGUGUACACAAGACCUGCAGGGCAAAGGUCAUCUAUGGUUUGGACCCUGUCUUUGAGUCAGGCAGCACAUGCAUCACUAAAGUAAGAAAUCCCAUCGCAUAUGGAGCAAAGGAGGAGAGCAACCUGGCUGAAAGAAAUCUAGAGAUCACCAAACAGGAGUGUAAAACCCAGAACACCGUUCGGGAAUAUUGCAAGAUAUUUGCUGCUGAAGCCAGGGUGAUCGAGAACUUUGGAUUCUCAUUAGAAGUGAUCCCCCUUCAUCUGAUGUAUCGACCAGCCAACACAGUCCCAUAUGCUACAGUGGAGGCUGAUUUGAAUGGUGUAUAUGUGAAAUACUGCCUUAUGGACAGCACUGGGAAACUGAUUGCCAGAGCCAGCUCUGAGGUGGAGCAGAAAUGUUGCACUUUCCAGCACUGGAUCCAUCAAUGGACCAAUGGAAACCUCCUUGUUACCCGAUUAGAAGGUGUCGAUACGAAGAUCACGAGUAUUGAAAUUGUUACCAAGUCUAGAGGGUAUCAAGGCCUCACAGAAAAAGGCUCUCCAAACCUAAUGGAGCAGUUCAUUAAUCAACAUCAGUGUAACUACUACUGUGGGUUGCUAGGCCUAAGACCCCUAAAGCCCAUGGACUCUCUGCAGCAACCAAAGAUAAAGACAUCCAGGAGCCCUCUACUGGCCCGGAGGGGGGUUACAGGCUCAUCCAGCCCCCAGCUGCAGAAGAAAGGAACUAGCCCACAGUCCAUCAGGAAAGGCACCUCUAGCCCCAAAGUAGUUAAAAAGACAGAUGAAGCAGGGGAGAACAAGCCCGCUGUUAAACACAAAGCAGUAGAGGUCCCCAAACCUGUCAAGAUGAGGUAGGAUGAAUGUAAAAAAAAAUACAAAGUAACAAGGGCAUACUUUUUUGAUUUUCUUACCAAUCUUUAGUGUGGUGCCUAUACCAUUAUUUAUAGCUAAUGUUGUACAGGACAAAGGGCUUCCUUGUGUCAGCAGGCUGGCUUGUUAAGCUGUGACAAAGGAUUAUGUCUAUAGUCCUUGUACACAAGUGUCUAAAAUGCAACAGCUAUGGAAAUUAUUGUAUUAAUACAAGAUUGGUAAAGGGGUGAAUGACCAGAGGUGUUUGGCAAUUUAUUAUACUACUGUGAACUGCUUUGCAGCUGUAAGUCCCCCUUAAUACCUCUUGAGACCAUCAUCACUUCACUUAAGCUGAAUUGAGGUUAUCCCCAUUCAAGACCAUCACUGGGGAAACAAAUACAAAACCAGGACUGUCUGUAGAUAGAUGAAACAUGUUUUCAGAUAGACUGUGGAACAGUAUGAUUUAUUCAAAUGUUCCUAUGUCAAAUGUACAUUACUGAGGAACUGUGAAAGAGAGUCUCUGUAAGAGUUCUUCAGACAUCUGUGAUGUAAGUGUCUGAAAAUGCUGAAAUGCUGCUUUUUUUAGUAGCUGUCACUGAUACACUUUUUAUAGUGGACUGUUAUGCUUUUAAGGGUAUGGCCAUAAAUCUGCAGUGCAACAGUCCACUCUUUACAUCAUGAAUCACCAGCUCGCAACUCUUGUUUGUUUAUAUAGAGGCAAAAUAUUAGCUUCAUAAUCAAAACAGAUUUGCUUUAAUCUUAAACGUACUUCCUAGAAAAGGGAAAAUUAAGAGCUUUAUUGUCACUGUAAAGCUAUUUACUACUGACCUUUUUGACUGUUCACAUCUCUAGAACCCUACAGCUUCAUGCAAUGGACAAAAAAUAUCCAUAUUUGUAAACUUUUAAUGCUCACAAUGUUUACAAACAAAUAUUUAUAAAUAUACUUUUUUUUUUUUUUUUGGUUUUGAUAUUUUGAUGAAAUGUAUGUCCAUUUAAAAUUAAACCAAAAUUCAAUAAAUAUAGCUGCCUAAACCUUUACCCUA